AUGGCAGCAUUACAGGAUGCCCUAGAAUCCCUAGGCCCGAUAUCCUGGGACGAGGUGCCCUCCUCUCCCGACGCAUUACGAGAAUACGUCAAGGACCUAUCUCACAAAGCGCGACUGAUCAUCGACUCUGUCCCUGAACCCCCAACCAACUCCUCCUCCACGAACCUCGCCCCCACCAACAACAACAACCACUCGUCCUCGUCCCCGUCCUCGCGCAUCAGCCCCUCCCCCGCCCGCCUCGGCACCCCCGACCCAACCCUCCAAUCCCUGCAGCGCGAAUGGAGCAAACCCAUCAAAACGACCAACGCGAAAGACAACCCGCUCGAGCUCCUCAUUCACAAGCUGCAGGGCCGCGACGGGCACGGGUCGUGGUUCGCCCGCCGCAGUGUCCACGAGGGCCUCUCGUUCACGAACUGGCAGGCCAAGUUGUCCAGCGAGAUGAUGGAGACGUUGCGGCGGAAUCGGAAGCGAUUGGAGAAAGGGCGUACGCCGGAUCAGUCGGUGCGCGGGAUCGGGGCUGAGGAACAUGUUGAGGAGAUUGAGGUCUGUGAUGAGGAGGGUCGGCGGAUGGGCGUGGUCAAUGUGUUUCAUGUCUCGGCGCAGUUUCCGAAACCGACGACUCCGAGGGACUUUGUGGCGUUGAUUGUUAAUUGGGAGGUUGGUGUUGAUGAGGGCGGGGGGAGGUUUUGGAUGAUGGUGUCGAAGCCGUGUGAGCAUCCGGAUGUGCCUCCGUCGCAGGGGUAUAUUCGGGGGCAGUAUGAGUCGGUGGAGUUUAUAAGGGAGAUUUCGGUGAGGAGGACAAGGGAGAAGGGCUCUCAGGAGUCGGUUGGGGAUGGGGAGGGGAAGAGGGGGAGGAGACGGGGAGAUACUGCUACGUCGGCGGGUUCGGGGAAGCGAGAAAAGGGAUGGGAUACGAAGUCUGGGGUUGGUGAGAAGCAGCUGGGGCAAGAAGAUGCUGGGGAGGAUGACGAUGAAGAGUCUAACCCUGUGGAAUGGGUGAUGGUCACUCGGAGUGACCCCGGAGGCACUAUCCCUCGAUGGAUGGUAGAGAAGGGCACCCCGAAGAGUAUCUGCACGGAUGCAGGCAAGUUCCUAGACUGGGCCUGUCGGGAGACUGAACCAUCCAACUCGACUAAAGACGAGCAGGACGAGGAAAGUGGCCGGUCCAAAGACAAGCCAGAAGACACGACUGGGGCGAGUGAUGGAAGUGACGACGAAUCUAGCGACGAUGACCUUUCGGAUAUCGAGGUCGAGCACCAUGGACUAAUUGCCAGCUUUGCCUAUCUGCUAAAUGCCGGCCUAGAGCGGUAUGCGCCCCAGGCAGUGCUAGAUUACCUUCCACGCCAGGGCCAAUUGUCACGCACAAACUCCGACGAUACUUUAAGAUCCCAGAACGAAAAGCCGCCUCGAGGCAACGCAGACUCGACCACCACACCAGCUAGUCCUUCUGCCAAACGAAAAGACAAGGAGAACAGUGAAACCCGAUCCCAAGCAUCGCAAGGCAAUGCAUCGGCCGCGGCCUCUAUAAAAUCGGGUCUCGCCACGCCGCUCGAACAAGACAUUCCAUCUCUAGACGCCAUGAUGGCGAAGAAGGGCAAGCUGACCUCGCACGAGAAGCAGCUCAUCAAGCUGGCAGAGCGGAAGCGUGACACUGAAGCACAAUUAGAGCGCGUCCGCUCCGAGAUCCAAUCCCUCCACCUGCCCCCUCGCGACGAAGACCUCAAACGAGACCCAGCCUCGUCCGCCGCAUUAGCAUCUAUUGGCGACCCCACCAGCGACCAAGCCAGCAGCAGCCCCGCCAGCAGCGUCAAGAAAGGUUCCGACAAGAGCUCCGGAGAUAAAAACAACAAGCAACAACAGCGUCAAAACGGACCCGCCAACGACUCGGCCCGCAUGCACAAGGUCGCCUCGGGCCUGUUCAACGACGAAGCGAAGCUCGUCAAACAGCUCAGCAAGAUCAACCGGAACCAGCUGAAGGAGGCCUCCAAGAUCGAAGCGCGCCAGCGCAAGGACGCAGAGCGGGAGGUCAAAUCCCGCACGCGCUCCGAGGUCGAGACCUUGCGGCAGGAAAACGAGCAGCUGAAGAAGGAGCUUGAGAAGUUCCGGAAUGAACGGAAGCAGUGGGUUGAGUUGAUCGGGUCUUUGCAGGCUGAGAAUACGAAGUUGACGGCGGGGAGGCAAGCUGAGUUGGAGAAGUGA